AGAGCACUGCAUUGGACAGGGGCUGUUUUAUAAUCCUGUUAUAGAAAAGAAUGGAGAGAAAACAACAGAACAAUUAAAAAGAUUGACAUGGUGGGCUCUGACUGUCAGAGUGACGCUUCCAGAGGGGUGGAGUAACGGAGACGCAGGAAAGGCAACUCGAUGUGUCUGUCUAUCAGUUGAGCCUGUCUGAUCAGUCGCGCAUCCCCCCAAUGUGCGAUACAUAUUUCUCACUGCGGAGACGAGACCCCCGCUUCGCUAUCUGGAGUAAAAAAUAAGCAAUAAGUCCACAUUCGUAUCCUUUCGUGGAGUAGCUGUUGGCGUUUCGUUUGUUUAUGAACAGUCUUUGGAGCAGUAAUACAUCAACUGUCCACAUGAAAGCCGAAAGGAUAUCAGUUUUGUGAGGAUCGUGUGAAUAGGCUAUCCGAACCGAGCUCUGGGUGUUUCAGUCGCGUGAGGAGAGACAGAAAGUAGCCUAUUGGCCGCAUAGCCGUUUGAUCUUUUUGCCGUGGCUAUCAUGACUGACUGAAUGACACGGACUGAUUGACAAACCCUCUAAUGUCCAUAUCCCAUCUCUCUCUCCCAUUUUGUGUCGAUUUGCAGAGAUUGAACAACGGAACAGCACCUGUGCAGAAACACAGUUUGGAACGUUAUCCAUCGCCGUGGAAGUUUGUGAUACAUUGAAAGAUUUCUUUGUUACUUUCUACGCGAAAAUCGGUUAUAACGUGUCGUUCUAGGGGUGGAAUCAUUUUUUUCAUGGAAGCACGGCGGGACUGAAGAGGCUUUGGCGGCUGUCCAUGUUCUCCACCGUUAGACUGAAACCUUAACAGAGGUCUUGCUAUUUUUGAUCAUCACGCAAUGAGUUAUAACUCUGUUUUCUACUCAAAACAUCCAUAGAGAAACAUAUAUUUUUGUUUAGAGAGUCUAUUGGUUUCUUGACAUUUGACAAACAAUUGCUAAAAGAUUAAUUAGGUUUCAAAAAAAUACUUUCACCGACGCUUAGACUUCCUUUGCCAGUCAAAGAACGGGAAUCGACAUUUGUAUUCCGAUUCUAUUGAAGAAAAGGACAAAACGACGAGAUAUUUGCUUUCAUUUCGUUGUGUACUGGUUUCCUCUUGGGUCGCUUUUAUUUUGGUCUCUGCAUGAAAAGUCAAGCAGAAAGUCUACCAGCAGCAUGCCGAGGAGAAAGCAGCAAGCGCCAAGGCGGUCCGUAGCUUAUGGGGACGAGGAGGAAUUUAAGGCUGAUGACAAGAUCGAUGAGGAGCACCUGCAGGACGAUGGCCUCUCCUUAGAUGGCCAUGACGGCGAGUACCUCUGCAACGAGGAUGACGAUGGCGGGGACCGAUUCAGCUUCCAGAACUCCCCGCUCAGCAAUGGGACCAACCCGGACGCCGGCUACGCCUCUCCGCUCAGCGAUACCAGCGACCAGCUUAUCGACUUCCAGAGCACUCCCUCCAAGGACGGACUUGACAAGGAGGAGGAAGAGGUAAUCAGAGGAGAAGUAGAACACCUGAAGGUCCCCAACGGCCUGUCUCUGCAGGACAGCCUGGCACAGAUGAAAGCUGUCUAUGCAAACCUGAUCUCGGACGCCUCUUGGUCCAGCAUCACCAUGGACAUGCUGAGAAGUAACAGCAACAAGGUCAGCAGUGUGAUCAGCAACAGCAAUGGAAGCAGCCACAAGGGGAGCAACGUUAACCCUAACAGUCAUGCUAACAGCCUUGUGAACAAUAAUAACCACACCAACAGCAACAGCAGCAGUGGCACCUCUGCCCCUACCAACACUACCGGCAACACUACCGCUACAAGCACCGCUAAUACUUUCAACAAUGGCACUGGCGUCAGCACUGGCAGCACCGGUGGAGUGGCCUACGACUGGCACCAAGCAGCUUUGGCCAAAACCCUGCAACAUACACCAUACAACCUCCUCCCCGAGCCGAGCCUCUUCAGCACUGUGCAGCUCUACCGGCAGAACAACAAGCUCUAUGGACCGGUAUUCACCGGUGCCAGCAAGUUUCGGUGCAAGGAUUGCAGCGGAGCCUAUGACACACUGGUGGGGCUCACGGUGCACAUGAGCGAGUCAGGCCACUACCGUGACGACAACAAGGAUAAGGAGGAGGAGCGGGGAAAGAGGUGGUCUAAGCCCCGUAAGCGCUCCCUCAUGGAGAUGGAAGGAAAGGAGGAUGCUCAAAAGGUGCUCAAGUGCAUGUACUGCGGCCACUCCUUUGAAUCCCUGCAGGACCUGAGCGUCCACAUGAUCAAAACGAAACACUACCAGAAAGUGCCUCUCAAAGAACCCAUGCCAGCCCUUGUCUCAAAGCUGGUGCCCCCUACCAGAAAAAGAGCAUUUCAGGACUUGGUGUCCCCGUGCUCACCAGAGUCUGUCCACAACACACCUGGUGUACACCUGGGAGAGACCUCAAAAGACCAGAAAGUGGUUAACCCCUAUGUCACAGCAAAUAACCGAUAUGGCUACCAAAAUGGCGCCAGUUACACCUGGCAGUUUGAGGCGCGUAAGGCCCAGAUCCUCAAAUGCAUGGAGUGCGGGAGUUCCCACGACACCCUGCAACAACUGACAGCCCACAUGAUGGUCACAGGACACUUUCUGAAAGUGACCAACUCAGCAUCCAAAAAGGGGAAGCAGUUGAUGUUUGACCCCGUGGUUGAGGAAAAUAUACAGUCCAUUCCUCUCCCUCCGACCUCUACACGACUCCCGGCGCCCAAUGUGAAGUCCCAGCCUGAUUCUCCUCCCCUGCACUCCUCCCCCACUGAAGAGAAAAGGGAGAAACAUGAGGAGAACAUGGAUAUGCGUGAACCAGAGAAGAAGAUCAAAGAGGAGAAAGAGGAUCUGACUGAGAAAUGUGAGAAAGCUGGCAAGGCUGGACAUUACAAGUAUCUCACAGAGGAAGACCUGGAGGAAACUCCCAAAGGAGGUCUGGAUAUCCUGAAGUCCUUAGAGUUCACAGUGUCAAGUGCCAUCAGCAAGGCCCAGACUGGGACGCCCACCUGGGGUGGUGCUGGCUACCCUAGCAUCCACGCUGCCUACCAGCUCCAGGGGCCUCUGAAGUCCUCCAUGCAGAGUGUCCAGGUGGUUCAACCCUUGUUCAGCACUAGCAGCUUGAAGAUGAUGUCCUCUGACUCCAACAAUCUGAUCCACUCUCCGAGCAGCCCUUCCCCACCUCCAAGCCACAAGAACAAUGUGUUGGCCAUGGAAGAGCUGGUGGAAAAAGUCACAGGGAAGGUCACUGUGAAGAAGGAGAAGGAGGAAAAGACCUUAGAAAAUAAAUGCAAAGUGAGGUCUGCCAAGUCUCCCUCCCCACUGUCCAAGGAGAGGAAGGGGUCACCCAAGGCAGAUAGCCUCAACAAGCCAGUGAAAAACAUUGCUGUAGAGGAUCAGAGCGAGCCUAGAAGCAGAGAGGGAGAGGCAAAAGACAACAAAGCAGAUCCGCCAACGAAGAAUGGAACAGACCUGCCAAAAACGGCAGUCGGCAACGGCUGUAACAGCUUGGGAAUCAUCACUGAUCACUCACCUGAGCAGCCUUUUGUCAACCCCCUCAGUGCGUUGCAAUCCAUCAUGAACAAUCACUUGGGAAAGGCCUCAAAGACGGCCACCCUCUAUUUAGACCCUCUGGCGAAGCUGUACAAGAUCAGUAACAACAUGCUGGAGAAGCCCAUGAACAACUCCACUCAGGUCAAACAAGUUCAGUCAAUCAAUCGAUUCUAUGACAACAACGACCAGCCCAUGGACUUGACAAAAUCCAAAAACACUAACGGACUAACUGCUAACAGCACCUCCACUACGCUAAACAGCACUACCAACUGUACUACCAGUAACAGCAACAGACCCAUCCUCUCAAGCUUGUCUGAAACUCUCUCGUCCCAAAAUGCUUUGAUGGACAUCUCCGACAUGGUCAAGAACCUGACUGGCCGUCAGACACCCAAAUCCUCCACCCCGUCCUCCAUCUCUGAGAAAUCUGACGCGGACAACAGCGCCUUUGAGGAUGGCUUGGAGGAGCUCUCUGCAGUCCAGAAAAGGAAAGGGCGGCAGUCCAACUGGAAUCCUCAGCACCUCCUUAUCCUUCAGGCCCAGUUUACCUCCUGUCUCCGGGAGACGUCUGACGGCAAGUUCGUCAUGACUGACCUAGGCCCCCAGGAGCGGGUCCACAUCUGCAAGUUCACCGGUCUCUCCUUGACCACUAUCUCCCAUUGGCUGGCCAACGUCAAGUACCAGCUGAGGAGGACAGGUGGGACAAAAUUCCUGAAGAACAUUGACUCGGGCCAGCCCCUGUUUCUGUGCAGUGACUGUGCCUCUCAGUUUAGGACUCCUUCUUCUUACAUAAAUCAUUUGGAGUCCCACUUAGGCUUUAGCAUGAAGGACCUCUCCAAGCUUUCCAUAGAUCACAUUAGGGAGCAGCAGGCAGUUACCAGAAUGAUAACGGACAAGACUUUCAGUUCCCUGGGACUUACUGAGGAAGACUCAGGCUCUGUAUUUCAGUGCACGCUGUGCAAUCGGACCUUUGUCAGCAAGCAUGCGGUCAAGCUUCACCUUAGCAAAACACAUGGCAAGUCGCCGGAAGACCACCUGAUCUUUGUCACUGAACUAGAAAAGUUUGAUAAAGCCUAAAUGAGGUGGACAAAGCCGAUGGCAUGACUGAUUACUGAAUUGUUGCACUAUAUCUUAAUACUGCACUGCAUCUUAACUGAGACUUUGGAAUCAGUCCGAAGUAACUGCUGUCAUAAAACUGGGCCAUGUUCUGUUUUGGAUUUUAGUUGUCUUUUAUUUUUCAACUCACAUUUAGCAGAUUAUUUAUAUGAUCUUUAGGCUCUUUUGUCUGUGCAUGUUUUUCAGUGAAUUCAGAGUAAACCAACAUAAAAAAAAAAAAAAAAGUUUACACAAACCACAAAUUCUGAAAAUAUAUGAUUGAUGUGAAGGUUUUUUGUUGUUUUCAGCUAAUCAUAUAUUUCUGCACUUGGGCUACUAUGAAGAGGUACACAUUAGGAUUGUUAAAAUAAACUCCAUGGCACGAUGACAUUUAAACGUUAAGAUUCUCACUUCUCCUGAUCACCUCAAAAUUGCAUAUGGGAUAGAACUUGUUAAAGGAUGAUAUGUAGGCCUAAUGGCGAACUGCAGAAAAAACAGAAUACUCAUGAAUAUGUUCAGCUUUUCUCUGCAUAUUUCUUUCACUAAUCAAGUAUUAUUUAAUGGUGGUAUUGCCAUAUUUGCUUUGAUACCAGUUGUAUUUUUAUUAUUGUGUGCAGCUUCAGUUUCAACUUGUAAAUUAAGUUUUAAAACUGAUAAAUAUAUAAAUGAUCAGCAAGUAUGUGUAAAUGUAUGUCAUCAUAUCUUGCUAUUUGCAGAAGCUCAACAUUCUUUGUACUGUGUGCAUUUUUAUAUUGUCACUUUAUAGAAAAUAUGGAAAAAAUAAAUAUACAAUAAACUAUGUACUGUAUAUAGCUAUAAAUAUAUACAGUAUAUAUAUACUGUAGAGCCAGAACAUGUCCUUUUUUCAAUGAAAAGUAGGUCCUUUGUUGUGGUUUACAUGAUUAAAUAUAACUACACGGGCAUCUCUUCUGAUGCAUGGUACUGUAUGUCAAAGUAAACAUGCAAUGCACAAGAAAUUAUACAUUUCAAUGUUUUCUCAUUAAUACUGUUCAAAAUUCUAUCCUCUAAAUCAUGAAAGUAUUGUUCUUUUCUGCAAUUGUAAAAUAAACUCUAAAUCUGGA